CAGGCCCUCAAAAGAAAUGAGAGCUUCCUUCCUGCGUUCAGAUCCUAACGCAGUCCCUGACAAGCCAUAUGGCUUUGGCUAGAAAGACUUGAGUUAGACAAGCAGAAGCACACGCCUCCCUACCUCAUGGCGACAGAAAACGGAGCAGUCGAGCUGGGAAUCCAGAGCCCAUCGACAGACGAGGCACCUAAAGGUAUAGCAGGUGAAGGACCCCCGGCUGCAGAGAAAGAGCCUGGUCCACCAGAUCCAAAGAAGGGCCCCGAUCCCCCCACCCUGAAGGAAGAUGCCAGAGCCGAUGCCCUAAAGAAAGGGGAUGACGCCCUGGCCCAACCCUCAGCGGGCAGCGGGGGCCCCGAGGGAGAAGGCGAUCUGGGUGGGGGGCCCGCAGAGGGCGGUGCCGGGCAGCCAGCAGACCUGCCCCAGCAGACUGUGACGGCGGAGGCCAGUGUCAAGAAUCCCAGCGCCAAGCAGGAGACCUCGGGCAGCCAGGGCCCCGGAGAGCCCAAGGGGCACAAGAAGGCAACCGAGGGCCAAGCGGGAGCCAGGAGGAGCUCCCCCGCCUUUCUGCACAGCCCGAGCUGUCCGGCCAUCAUCUCCAGGCCCGAGAAGCUGCCAGAUGAGAAACCCCCAAACGAGGACUUGGAGCUCAUCUUUGAAGGGGUGCCUGUGACCCCCGGCCCCGUGGAUCCCGGGCCAGCCAAGGUAGCAGAAGGAGAGAAGGACAUCCCGGCAGGCAGCCAGAAGGAAGCAGGAGAGAAGGCUCCAGGCCAGGAUGGGCAGGCUAAGGUGCAAGGGGACACCUCGAGGGGGAUCGAGUUCCAGGCUGUUCCCUCGGAGAAAUCGGAGGUGGGGCAGGCCCUCGGUCCCACAGCCAGGGAGGAGGACUGCUUCCAGAUUUUGGAUGACUGUCCACCUCCCCCAGCCCCCUUUCCCCACCGCAUCGUGGAGCUGAGGCCUGGGAACGUCAGCAGCCAAUUCAGCCUGAACUCCAAGGAGGCGCUGGGCGGCGGCAAGUUUGGAGCAGUCUGUACCUGUACAGAGAAAGCCACAGGCCUCAAGCUGGCAGCCAAGGUCAUCAAGAAACAGACGCCCAAAGACAAGGAAAUGGUGAAGCUUGAGAUCGAGGUCAUGAACCAGCUGAACCACCGAAACCUGAUCCAGCUCUACGCGGCCAUUGAGACCUCGCACGAGAUUGUCCUAUUCAUGGAGUACAUCGAGGGCGGCGAGCUCUUCGAGAGGAUUGUGGAUGAGGACUAUCAGCUGACUGAGGUGGACACCAUGGUGUUUGUCAGGCAGAUCUGCGACGGGAUCCUCUUCAUGCACAAGAUGCGGGUUCUGCACCUGGAUCUCAAGCCAGAGAACAUCCUGUGUGUCAACACCACGGGCCAUUUGGUGAAGAUCAUUGACUUCGGGCUGGCGCGGAGGUAUAAUCCCAACGAGAAGCUGAAGGUGAAUUUUGGGACCCCAGAGUUUCUGUCACCUGAGGUGGUGAAUUAUGACCAAAUCUCCGAUAAGACAGACAUGUGGAGCAUGGGGGUCAUCACCUAUAUGCUGCUAAGUGGCCUCUCCCCCUUCCUGGGAGACGAUGACACAGAGACCCUAAACAACGUUCUCUCUGGCAACUGGUACUUUGACGAGGAGACCUUCGAGGCCGUGUCCGACGAGGCCAAAGACUUUGUCUCCAAGCUCAUUGUCAAGGACCAGAGGGCCCGGAUGAACGCUGCCCAGUGCCUCGCCCACCCCUGGCUCAACAACCUGGCAGAGAAAGCCAAGCGCUGUAACCGCCGCCUCAAGUCCCAGAUCUUGCUUAAGAAGUACCUCAUGAAGAGGCGCUGGAAGAAAAACUUCAUUGCUGUCAGCGCUGCAAACCGCUUCAAGAAGAUCAGCAGCUCAGGGGCGCUCAUGGCUCUGGGGGUCUGAGCCCCGGGAGUGGCCGAGGCCUGGGCGCAGCUGCACGGUGGCCGGGGCUGAGGCCACACAGCCCAGAAGGCCAGAGCAGAGGGGCCAGGUCCCCCCGGGUGGGCUGGCUAGGACAAGGCUGCGCCAGGCUGGGAGGCUCGGGGCUCCCACGACCCCGUGCGGCGACUGCUUCCCCGACGUGAGCCGCCUCAGAUGUGGCCUGAACCGAUCCUGCUAGCGCCUCCCCAGACAGGGGCCCGGGCCCAUCUGUCACAGCCCAGAUGCCACCGGCCCGGUUGUCCCCUCCCCAGCUCGCCCUCUUGCAAUUGCUACCCUGGUGCCCCCUGCUCGGCCUCACCUGGGGCAUGGCCGGCCCGGGCUUGCUCCUCGCGGGAACGGGAAGGCUGGGGGUCCCCGCGUGUGGGGCUUCCGCGGGUGUGGACGGGAGGCCCUUGGUGGGGCAGGAAGGCAGCAAAGGCCAAUUCCUGAGGCCCAGCUGCCCGGGGAACAGAGCAGGCUUUGUGAGAGAGGACCUCCGUGCCCCCGCCCGCCUCCCCACUCCCAACAGAUAAGGCCUCUGCACCAUCUGGGCCGGCCCGGCCCCCGCCCACCUUCCUCACGACCACCAACACACAGGAACUCCGUGUGAGAGGAGGACGCCCAGCCCAGGCCUGGUGGAGGGGAGGGGAGAGGCCUGGGGCACAGGGAGGCCACCCCCGAGCUUGCCUGAGGGCCAGGCUGGCCCAACCCAGCCACUCCGGACCCUCAUCCCAAGGGUCGUCCGCGGCUUCAGAUAAGGGGGUCGCAGGCCCAGGAGGAGUGGGGAAGCCACUGGGCAGUC